GAUAUAAGUUAUAAGAGGUAAGUUGUUGCAUAGUGAGAGUACUACAUUGGCAGCAGAUAUGGGAUCCCGUAGGAGUACCCAGCUGUGGCUGCUGGUCUUUUUGGCCUUUUUCUCUGUGGCUGAUGUAUAUUCAGUGGAGGUGAUGUCCGCCCCCAACGUGUUGAGAGUAGGAACACAAGAAAACAUCUUUGUAGAUUGUCAGACCUGCAGCGAUGGAGACACGGUUGAAAUCAAAGUGAUGAACCAUCCAACCAAAGACAUAAGUAUCACAUCCACAUCUGUGAGCCUUACUGCGACAAAGAAAUUCCAGGACUUAGUACAAAUUAAGAUCCCUGCUGGUCGCUUCAGUAAGGAUCGCAACGUUAAGCAGUAUGUGUACCUGCAAGCUAAGUUCCCUCAUGUCGAGCUGGAGAAAGUCGUCUUAGUGUCCUUUCAGUCUGACUACAUCUUCAUCCAGACUGAUAAGACCCUCUACACCCCCAACAGCAAAGUCCAUUACCGGAUUUUUGCAUUGACACCUGGCAUGAAGGCCUUGGAUAGGAAUGUGGAUACUGAUGCUUAUGUUGUCACUGAGAUUGUGAACCCUAAUGGCAUCGUUUUUUCACUUGAGCAAGUCUCUCUGACGUCAGGGAUGCAUUCUGGACAAUACAACCUCAACGAAAUUGCCAGUCCUGGACUGUGGAAAGUGGUGGCAAAGUUCCCCAGCACCCCAAAGCAGAGCUACUCUGCAGAGUUUGAGGUCAAAGAGUACGUGUUGCCUUCUUUUGAGGUGAAACUGGCAAGUGAGGAUUCCUUCUUUCAUGUCAACAGUCCAAAUAUCACCAUCAACAUCAAAGCUGAAUAUCUAUUUGGGGAAGAGGUAGAUGGGAUGGCCUAUGUCGUAUUUGGGGUUAUGCAAGAUGAUAAAAAAAACAGCUUUCCAAGUUCUCUUCAGAGAGUGGAGAUCAAGAGCGGUAUUGGAUCGGUCACACUGCAGAAAGAGCAUAUCACACAAAUCUUCCCAAACAUCCUCGACUUGGUGGGGAGGUUUAUAUAUGUGGCUGUCAGUGUUCUGACAGAGAGCGGUAGUGAAAUGGUGGAGGCAGAGUUAAGAGGUAUCCAGAUUGUCACAUCACCGUACACUAUCCACUUCAGGAGAACGCCCAAAUAUUUUAAACCAGGAAUGACCUUCGAGAUUCUGGUCGAAGUUUUAAAUCCUGACGGCACUCCUGCACCACAUGUUACAGUGGAGGUAGAUCCAGGCAAGCAGCAGAGCACCACCUCACCUAAUGGCAUGGCAAGGUUUAUCAUCAAUACAGAUGAAUCGCCUGCACCAUUAUACAUUACUGCCGAUGUUCCUGGUAUGAGCCAAGCAUCAGCCAACAUGGUGGCUCACCCAUAUACCUCCAGCAGCAGAAGUUACAUCCACAUAGGUUUGGAUCAAGCUGACAUAAAACUAGGAAGCCAUCUAAAAGUUUCCUUCUACCUCAGCCAGCAGAAUAAUUCGCAAGGCAACACUACAUACCUGAUCCUCAGCAGAGGUCAACUGGUGAAAUAUGGCCAAUACAUGACAAGAACUCUGACAGCCAUGACAUUGUUGGUUACCAAAGAAAUGUUGCCAUCGUUCCGCAUCGUAGCCUACUACUUUACAAAGAACAACGAAGUGGUAGCAGACUCUCUUUGGGUGGAUGUCAAGGACACCUGCAUGGGCUCGUUGCAGCUGGAAGCAAUGACAGCUGCACCAUCUUAUAGGCCUGGUAAGAUGUUUCACCUGAAGGUCACAGGGGACCCUGGAGCCACUGUGGCACUGGUAGCAGUUGACAAAGGCGUCUACGUCCUCAACAACAAGCACCGCCUCACCCAGAAAAAGGUGUGGGAUCUAGUGGAGAAGUCCGAUACAGGCUGCACACCUGGUGGAGGGAGGGACAGCAUGAGUGUGUUUUACGAUGCUGGACUGUUGUUCGAGUCCAACACGGCUUCUGGGACUCCCUACAGACUAGAAUAUAUAUGUCCAACUCCCAGCAGGAGGAAACGAGCCAACAAUAUACUGGAUGUAAGAACGAGCUUAGUGAGUCAAUUUGAAGAAAAAAUUGAACGUCAGUGUUGUUUGGAAGGCAUGAGGGAAACCCUCCUCUCAUACAGCUGUGAGAGGCGUAGCGAGUACAUCAUAGAUGGUCCAGACUGUGUCAACGCCUUCCUACACUGCUGCAAGCAAAUGGAAAUCCAGCGAGCUGAGAGGAAGCAUACUGAGGACCUCAUACUGGCACGCAGUGAAGAAGAUGAAAACAUUUACAUAGACAGCAAUACUAUUGUCUCUCGCUCCUCGUUCCCUGAAAGUUGGCUGUGGACUAAAGUUAUGCUGCCUUCUUGCCAAAAAAAUUCACUAAACUGUCGCACCACAACAAACGAGAUACAUGUCCCUUUGAAAGACUCGAUCACAACCUGGCAGUUAACUGGUAUCAGCAUUUCAAGAACUCAUGGUAUCUGUGUUGGUGAACCAUUAGAAGUAAAGGUACUGCAGGAUUUCUUCAUUGAUCUUAGGCUGCCUUACUCUGCUGUCCGUGGAGAGCAGAUAGAAAUCAAGGCAAUCCUCCACAACUACGAAUCAGAAAAAGUCACUGUGCGUGUGGAACUGAUUGAGACGCAGGAUGUGUGCAGUUCAGCCUCUAAGCGUAAGAGGUAUCAUCAGGAAGUUGAAGUUGGAGCCAAAACUACACUAUCUGUACCAUUUAUCAUUAUUCCAAUGAAAGAAGGACAUUUCCCCAUUGAGGUCAAAGCAGCUGUUAAAGAUUCUUGGUCCAAGGAUGGAGUCAAAAAGACGCUAAAGGUGGUGCCUCCAGGUAUACUGACAACAUCUUUAAAGAUUAUAACCCUCAACCCUGCUAAGGAAGGUGAAGGUGGCAAACAAGAGACAAUUAUAAACAGUGAAAUCCCUAUGAAAGAUAUGGCUCCAAACACACCUGAAUGGACAUACAUAUCUGUGACAGGAAGAGAGCAAAUAAGUGCACUGGUGGAGAAGGCCAUUAGUGGGAAAUCGAUGGGUAGUCUGAUCAAGCAGCCCUCAGGCUGUGGAGAGCAGAACAUGAUCAGCAUGACCCUGCCUGUCAUUGCAACCACAUAUUUAGACAAAACCAACCAGUGGGAAAUUGUGGGUUUUGAUAAACGUAAGGAAGCCCUUGAACAUAUCAAGACCGGCUACCAGAACGAGCUUCACUACCGUAAAAAGGAUGGGGGUUUUGCUGUGUUCCCAGAGUAUAAAAGCAGUACUUGGUUGACAGCCUAUGUUGCCAAAGUGUUUGCCAUGGCCAACAGUCUGGUGAAAGUGUCAAAUGAUUCUAUCUGUGAAGCCAUCAAGUUUCUUAUUUCCGAAACGCAGAACCAUGACGGCUCGUUUAGAGAAGUUGGAAGCAUUAUCCAUGGAGAGAUGGUUGGUGACGUGAAGGGCGCAGAUUCAGAUGUCUCCAUGACAGCUUUCUGCCUCAUUGCUAUACAGGAGUCACGUGCAUAUUGUAAUGACACUGUUGAGAAUUUUAAAGAUGGGAUAGAUAAAGCAGUGGCCUACCUGGAAAGGCGUCAGCACAAUCUCAACAACUCAUAUGCUGCAGCGAUGACAUCAUACGCCCUGGCAAAUGAAAACAAACUAGACCGGAAGACCCUUUUUAAAUUUAUCUCAUCAGAGUUAACCCACUGGCCUGUACACAACGCACAACUCUUCACACUGGAGGCCACAGGUUAUGCCCUUCUGGCUUUGGUUAAGGCCAAGGCUUUUGAGGAUGCCAGACCUGUUGUCAGAUGGUUCAACAAACAGCAGAUAGAUGGCGGAGGCUAUGGAUCAACCCAAGCUACUAUAAUGGUAUACCAGGCAAUAGCUGAGUACUGGAUCAAUGCUCAUGAAGAGGAGUAUAAUGUGAAUGUGGACAUUGAGAUUCCUGGUAGAAGCAUACCUCUGGGCAGCAACUUCAACAGACAAAACCACUAUGGCACUAAAACAGCCAAGUUUCACCAAAUAAACAAGAAUGUGAAAGUGAUUGCCAGUGGAACAGGAGAAGCAACAGUGACAAUGGUGUCGAUGUAUAAAAGGGCAGAUGUACAGCUACAGUUUCAAGCUUUUGAUAAAAUGGAUACAGUUGAGAAGAUAUACAAGCUGGUAAUAAAGGUUCUCUAUAAGAACAAGGAGACGGACGCAACCAUGUCAAUCUUGGAUAUUGGCUUAUUAACUGGCUACCAAAUUAACACAGACGACCUGAAUGAAUUGUCUACUGGACAUAGCCGUCAAAUUUCAAAAUAUGAGAUCAACAAAGCCCUGUCAGAAAGAGGCUCACUCAUCAUCUACCUGAACAAGGUUUCUCACACCAAACCAGAGGAGAUCGUAUUUAGGAUCCAUCAGAAGCAGAAAGUGGGAGUUUUACAACCAGCUGCUGUGUCUGUCUAUGAAUACUACAACCAUCAACACAAUAUUCAGCCACCUUGUAUGAAGUUCUACCACCCAGAAAGGAUUAGUGGUGAGCUACUCAGGCUCUGUCAAAGCAGUGGAUGCAUAUGUGCAGAAGAGAAUUGCAGCAUGCAGAAGAUGGAAAAAAUCGACAAUGGUGACCGCACAACAAAGGCCUGUGAGACUGAAGUGAGCGGCAGAAUAGAUUAUGUGUACAGAGUAAGACUGGAAAAUUUCACACAAAGUUUGGCCACUGACAUUUACACAAUGCGGGUUGUGGAAGUCAUCAAAGAAGGGGGUUAUGAUGAGUGUCGUUCAAAGAAAAUAAAAAACUGUGACGUGGGACCUCUAGGCAAUCUUCGUCCAUUCCUCAGUUAUCAACACUGCAGGGUGGCUUUAAAUAUGAAAUUGGGCAAAACUUACCUCGUCAUGGGCAUGGCCAACGAUAUUCACAAAGACGAGAAGAAACAAUUGUUUCAGUAUAUACUCGGUGAGAGAACCUGGAUUGAGUACUGGCCCACAGAUGCUGAGUGUCAGACUAAGGAACACAGACCUACCUGCAUGGGCAUGGAAGAGCUGGUCAAUACCUACAAGUUAUUUGGAUGUGAACAAUAAAAGAAACACAUUCGUUGGAUUGGCAUUAUUUUAAUGUCAAACUUUGACUGCUAUGAGAUGCAGGUUGCAAAAAUCAUGAUGCAUUCUGCUGAAUAAAAUGUAAUGGUAUCUUA